AACACAUGUUUGAGUUUGAUCUAGUUAUGCAGUUUUGAUUUAGAGGACACUUACAAAAUUUAAAUGCAAAUCUUCCAAAUUUUCAGUAAUUUACACUUUUAUUCAAUACUCAAAAAUGAUAUAAAGUCCAAAUUAUGAGGGAGGUUAUUUCUCUUCACUUGGGACAGGCUGGAAUUCAACUCGCUCUGCCGCUCUGGAAGCUGUACUGCGAGGAGCACGGCAUCCAAUUGGACGGGAAAAUAACAGAAGGAGCCGCGUGCAAUGGCAGUUGCUUCUCUUCUCACUUUACCAGAACCCAGGACGACAGAUGCAUCCCGAACGCUCUUUUGCUCGACCUGGACCCGUCGGUGGCAGGUAAAGUUUCGCCUUCUUCCAGUAUGGGUUCAUUCCUGAAACGAUACGCUCUUCCAGGCAGCGAUAAAAACGAUGUGAUUGUUAAAGAACUUUUCGGCAAGGACAACUUUCUGACUUGGAAAGAGGACGCUGCGAAUAUUUUCCAACGCGGCUUUAUAAUGGGGUCUGAACGAAUUUCGCAAGUCGGAGAUAGACUGUCCUCGAUGCUGGAACUUUGCGAUUCCUUUCAAGGUUUCAUAAUCUUCCGUUCCGCCGGUGGAGGGACUGGCUCGGGCUUCACUUCUUCUCUUUUUGAACACCUCUCGGACAACAUGAAGAAGAAGUGCAAUAUAGAACUAGCCGUUUAUCCAUCCAAGGGUUCCGCGGUUUUGGAACCAUACAACACAGUGCUCGGUUUGCAUCGAAUGAUGAAUUUCGUCAAUUGUUCGUUCGUCGUUGAUAACGAAGCGUUGUUUAACAUGUCUAAGAAAAACGUGAGUUCUUAUAAAUCCAGUUUCAUCGACGUGAAUAGGCUGGUCGCCAACGCCGUGAGCACGAUAACGGCAAGCAUUCGUUUCGAAGGAUGUCUCAACGUAGAUCUGAACGAGUUUCAGACCAACCUGGUCCCGUAUUCCAGAGUUCACUUCCCUUUCAUGUCGUACGCCCCGGUCAAGUUUCCCGGUGUGACCAAGACGGAAAAGCUGUCGAUUCGGGGCUUGACCAAGUCCUGCUUCGAAAGCACGAACCGGAUGGCCACGGUAGAAGCCGAGAAGGGCAAGUACGUCGCGUGCUGCUUGAUUUACAGGGGUGACGUCGGCCAGCAGGAGGUCUCAGAUUCUCUCAGCCAGGCCAAAAACUCCAGCUCUGUCCAAUUCGUCGAUUGGUCGCCGACCGGCUUCAAAGUCGGCAUGAACGCGAGUCCCAAAGGAAAAACGGACGACCAGGACCCAUCUCUCGCCCUCAUCGCCAACUCGACUAGCUUGGCCGAUUACAUCGCGAAGCUGAACCACAAGUUUGACCUCAUGUACAAGAAAAUGGCCUUCGUCCACUGGUACUUCGCCGAAGGGCUCGAGGCCAACGAAUUUAUUGAAGCGCGUGAAGAUACCAGCAAACUUGAAGAAGAUUAUAUUAAUUUAAAAGAUUAAUUUCAAUUGUUUUAUUGUUAAUAAUAUGUGGAGUGGAUUGUCUUUAUAAACAACACCUGUAACUUUGAACAUUAAAUUUAAUAACCCUUA